GGGUAAGCCAACUCACCAAAUCAACUUCAACUCUUCAACCUCAGAUUUGAUUUAGCAUCUCCGACCAGCAAUGGCUGCUUUUGCUUAUGCUUGUUCUCCCGAAGCUCCAUGUCGAAAGUAUGAAGUUUUCAUCAGUUUUAGAGGAUCAGACGUUAGAUCUGGUUUUCUCAGCCAUUUGAAAAAAGAGUUGCAUCAAAAGAACAUAGAUAUUUAUGUCGAUGAUAGGCUUGAAAGAGGAGAAGAAAUAUCAUGGGCACUUGUAGAAGCAAUAGAAGGAUCCAUGAUUGCAUUGGUUAUAUUCUCAAAAGAUUAUGCUUCUUCAAAGUGGUGCUUAGAAGAGCUUGUCAAAAUCAUGGAAUGUAAGGAAGCUAAGCAACAGAUUGUGAUACCAGUUUUCUAUCAUGUAGAUCCUUCAGAUGUUAGGCAUCAAAAAUGCACUUAUGAGGAUGCAUUUACUCAUCAUGAACAGAAGUCCAAGGAUAAAGUGGGUAAUUUGGAAAUUUGGAGAUCUGUCUUGACAAAAACCGCGGACUUAUCUGGCUACCAUUCAUCAAAUUUUCAAAAUGAAUCUGAACUCAUCAAUGCAAUAGUUGAAGGCGUCUUAAAAAAAUUGGAAGAUAAGAGUCCAAUUGUGCCAAGAUCUCAGCUUGUUGGAUUUCAUCAAAAUUUCAUUAGUGUUGAAUCAUUAAUGGAAAUUGAGUUGCCAUAAGGUCGAAUCCUUGGAAUUUGGGGCCCAGGAGGGAUAGGGAAAACAACUCUUGCUCGUGCCAUAUUUGACAAAUUCUUGUCUAAAUUUGAAAGUCAUUGUUUCUUAGAAAACGUGAGAGAAGAAUCAACAAAGAUUGGUGGUUUGAAUUCUUUGCUUCAAAAACUUCUUUCUGAGCUAUUAGAUCAAAAAGAUCACAUAAAUAUGAAUCACGU